GGGCUCGAUUACAUUCCGUAUCAAGUUAGUUUUAAAAUGGCGGCGGAAACAGACGGACAGGUAGAAGAUGUCAACUAAAGCGACUCAACUACUUUUCGUCUUUGUCAACGAACGCCGUUCCGCUUCCUGUCUCGAAUUUGGCGCCCGCAUCGGUUCCGUUGGGGAAACCUGUGAAAAGAAGCCGAUUUCAUAGCAGUCGAGUCGCGGUCCGAGUGCUUUUUCCGUCGCCAAAUGACCUCGCGGAAGUGGUGUUCGUGCACACCGAGUUGCGUUGAGGAGAAACGGGGGGUUGCCGCAUCACCAUGGAGCGUUCCAACCUGCAGACGGCGGCCGGACACCUGUAGCUUCGAGCGGCUCCAAUGGCGAACCCGAGCCGCUGUGGCUCGACUGGAGGGUUGGUGGUGGAGAACGGUUGUGUAGUGGGAGGCUCCUUCGUCUCCAACUGUCACCAUCUCUCCAAGAAGCAAAUCCCAGAUCCUGACACGGUGCUAGAAAGUGAAUCAUCAAUUUCCACUAUCCAAAGCGGUCCACAUAAGCUUAGUCUGGACCUGGACAGCCACAGUCUGACUUCCCAGGAUUCCGGUAUCCCGACAUUGGAACUAAACCCUCCCGAUCUCGCCGGAGGAGACUCUCCCGCCACUUUAACGUUGGAUGAUGACACUUGCGACAAGUCCACCGGAUUCCCGCGCGGAAGCUUCUUCAGCCCCACUCUCAGAUUGCCGGCCACGGCCCACCGAGGGUUGAACCGCAGCGACGACGUCUCCGUGUGCAGCGCGUCCAGCGCGAGCACGGAGCUCUCUGCGUCCAACGAGGACAUCCCGCACUUCACCGUCACCUCCGACUCCAGCGCCAUCGUCACCUUGGAGACGGACGACAGCUGCGCGGCUCCUUUCUCAGACGUCUCUCUGACUUCGUUGUCGAGAAGCUCCAGGGGCGAGGUGCGAGCGAACCCCCCAGGACUCCUCAGACUGGAAGAGGAGAGCAAGCAGAAGAAAUUGGGUUCUUUCGCUAGCUUGUUUAACAGGAGCCUCUUUGCCAGGAAAGUCAAGGACAGUCACUCAGUGGAGCAGCGGGAUGCUGGAUGGAAGCUGUUCGGGAAGGUGCCGCCACGCGAGGUGCCCAUUAGGGACCCCAAAAGGAUACAACAGGAAUAUGAAACAAAGACCGGUAAACCUGGACCCGGCAACGCGACGUCCCCCAGGCAGAACGUGAGGAAAAACCUAGACUUUGAGCCUCUUUCCACGACUGCUCUGAUCCUGGAGGACAGACCCGCUAAUCUUCCAGCCAAGCCCCCCGACGAGGCCGAGAAACAUCGUCAGGAAUACGAAGAGAUGGUGGCCCAGGCCAAGAAGAAAGAGCUGAAAGAGGCCCAGAAGAGGAAGAAGCGACUGGAGGAGCGCUGCAAGGUAGAAGAGAGCAUCGGAUCAGCCGCCCAGACGUGGAACCAGGAGAUUUUACCCAACUGGAGCUCCAUGUGCACAUCUCGACGAGCAAGGGAGCUGUGGUGGCAGGGCAUCCCGCCCAGUGUCAGAGGCAAAGUGUGGAGCCUGGCGAUGGGCAACGAACUGAAUAUCACACACGAGCUUUAUAAUAUCUGUUUGGCACGAGCGAAAGAAAAAUGGAGGAACGCGCCAGACGCCGAAAGCCAAGAUGCGGGUUCGUCCAAUCGGGAGUCGAGCUUGGAGCUGAUCAAGCUGGACAUCUCCAGAACUUUCCCCCAGUUGUGCAUCUUCCAGGAGGGUGGGCCUUAUCAUGAUGUGCUGCACAGCAUUCUGGGAGCCUACACUUGCUACCGACCAGAUGUCGGCUAUGUGCAGGGAAUGUCAUUCAUCGCGGCGGUGCUCAUUUUAAACCUGGACACGGCCGACGCCUUCAUAGCGUUCGCUAAUCUGCUCAACAAACCUUGUCAGAUGGCCUUCUUCAGAGUGGACCACAGCCUUAUGUUGACGUACUUUGCUGCAUUCGAGGUGUUCUUUGAAGAAAACCUACCAAAGCUCUUUGCGCAUUUCAAGGGGAACAAGCUGACCCCGGAUAUUUAUUUGAUCGACUGGAUCUUCACCCUGUAUAGUAAGUCUCUACCACUGGACCUGGCGUCCCGCGUGUGGGACGUCUUCUGCCGGGACGGCGAGGAGUUCCUGUUUCGCACGGCGCUCGGACUGCUGCGCCUCUUCCAAGACGUUCUGACCGGCAUGGACUUCAUCCAUAUGGCGCAGUUCCUCACCCGCCUGCCUGACCUCAUCCCCGCCGAACGGCUCUUCCAGCACAUCGCCGCGGUCCACAUGACGAGCCGUAACAGGAAGUGGGCCUUGGUCCUGCAGACGCUACAGAAAGAUCCGGAACGAGGAAGUCCUGUGCUGAAGCACUGAAAAGACUUACAGGAGUCCAAUUUGAGCUCAUGUCUUUACUAGAGUGACUCUGUGAAUUCCUGAGCUAGGGGUGCCUUAAUAUACUGAACACAACACACUCCCGGACCCUGAGGGACCACCCAAAUGCCAGUUAUCACUUUGUUUGUCACUCUUUAAUGUCAAAAUGUCACGCUCACUUUGCCCUGUCAUACCCUAGUCUUUCCUGUCCUCCCACUCUGAGCGCGUUUAUGGUUGUUUCCUCUGUUUUUUGAAACUGGAUUUUAUAGGACUGACAUGUUGUUUUCGAUGUUACAUGCGGAGAUACUGUCAUCCUCUGGAAACGAGGUCAAAAGCUGCCUUUUAGUAUGAUAAUCGGUACGGGACACUUAAUGCGACAUUCCGGCUUGCUGGUGUUUUAUUCGUGUGAGGUGUUUAUUUAUCGUAAGCAGAUGUUGUUUUUUUUUCGCACCCCGUUGACUUUCAAAUCAAACAGUUGAUUUAGUUGUUUGUUGCUAACGGUGCGCGAGUUGUCGACAUCGUGGGUUAUAAACAGGAAACGCGUUUGUUCUUUUUGUUUUUCCGUGCGGUUUUGCACUCUUCUCUACAAGCGCAGCAUCACACAACUGCAAUAACCUUUUUGCACAUUUGCCCUUCAGGUGCAGCAGGACUCUUUGGAAUGAGUGUUUUGAUGUGCGUUUUCACUCGUAGAGUCCAGAACGAGAGGAAAGAAAAUUGUUACACGCGGAACUGGUUCAAAGCUAGCAAGAAAAUCAAACAACCAGUGAAAUGAAUGUAAACUCUGAUUGCACUGUUCUGUCUUUGAUUUGCUGUCUUCUUCAGGUGUCGAUUUUCGUUGCUUUGGACAUGUCAUUUGAGGAAAAUAAAGGAGUUGCAAAUAGUCAAGUUAUCAUGGAGGUCUAUAUUGGGGGUAGAAACCUCUUGGUAACUCACGAGACGAUAUACACACAAGAACUUUUAGCUAGAUUGCCGGAAUCACGCCAGCCGAAAUGCCGGACCUGCGCUGGCAGAGCUCCAGCGACCCGGGCCGGUGGCAGCCCGGCCAAAAGGCCAAACUCCGUGCGUUCACUUUAGUCUUAACCCUUUGUACUGACUCCAUUUUGAAAGGAAUGAAGAAGGCUCACCAAAAACAAGUUAACAAUUUAUUCAUGUCGACAGCGAUCAAACAGCAAGGCGAAACGGAAACAGACUCAGGCGGGGAGGCAAGGUCACCCGAUCACACGUCAACAAAAGGUUCCCAAGAAAAAUGACCACAAUUAGUUAAACAAUCAGUCUUUUGAUGGCUCUCGUGGGGCGGGGUGUAGACAGGAGAAGGGUAUAUAUAUAUAUAUAU